AUCACUAUUGGUAUUUUUUCCACUGGCGACUCCCGUGCGUUUGUGGAUUGCAAGCCGUCCUUGCAGUCCGGUUGUUCACUGCAUUUUGUCUGCAGAUCCUCCCUUUGUUUGCACACAUCCCCCUGUUAUUUUUUAAUAUUAAGCCCCCCAUCCCCCCACCCCCAUCGUUGUCGUUCGUGGUUAAAGUCACUCUUUUUUCGGGGGGCGCUGUAUUUAAGCACUUAAGAUGCACUGCUAUCUCCUGAGCGUGUUCCUCACCCUGGAUCUAGCCGCCGUGGCUCUCAGCCUGUCUACCUGCAGCACCCUCGACAUGGAUCAGUUCAUGCGCAAGAGGAUCGAGGCGAUCCGGGGGCAGAUCCUGAGCAAGCUGAAGCUCACCAGCCCCCCGGAUGAGUACCCCGAGCCCGAGGAGGUGCCCCCGGAGGUCAUCUCCAUCUACAACAGCACCAGGGACCUGCUGCAGGAGAAAGCCAACCACAGAGCCGCCACUUGCGAGAGGGAGCGGAGCGACGAGGAGUACUAUGCCAAAGAAGUUUACAAAAUAGACAUGCAGCCUUUUUACCCCGAAAAUGCCAUCCCACCAAGCUAUUACAGCCUUUACUUCAGAAUCGUUAGAUUUGACGUCUCGGCGAUGGAGAAAAAUGCAUCCAACUUGGUGAAGGCUGAGUUCAGGGUCUUCCGCCUGCAGAACUCAAAGGCACGGGUCUCGGAGCAGCGAAUUGAGCUGUACCAGGUUCUGAAAUCGAAAGAAUUAUCGUCACCAGGACAGCGCUACAUUGACAGCAAAGUAGUUAAAACAAGAGCUGAAGGAGAAUGGUUGUCUUUUGAUGUCACUGAGGCUGUGCAUGAAUGGCUCCAUCACAGAGACAGGAACCUUGGAUUUAAGAUAAGCUUACAUUGUCCAUGCUGCACCUUUGUGCCUUCCAAUAAUUAUAUCAUCCCAAAUAAAAGUGAGGAGCUUGAAGCAAGAUUUGCAGGUAUUGAUGACUACACAUAUUCCAGUGGUGAUGUGAAAGCUUUAAAGUCCAAUAGGAAAAAAUACAGUGGGAAGACCCCACAUCUUCUGCUAAUGUUGUUACCCUCCUACAGACUUGAGUCGCAACAGCCCAGUCGGCGGAAGAAGCGUGCUCUAGAUGCUGCCUAUUGUUUUAGGAAUGUGCAGGAUAAUUGUUGCCUGCGUCCACUUUAUAUUGACUUCAAGAGGGAUCUUGGCUGGAAAUGGAUUCAUGAACCUAAAGGAUAUCAUGCCAAUUUCUGUGCAGGAGCCUGCCCAUAUUUAUGGAGCUCAGAUACUCAGCACAGCAGAGUACUCAGCUUGUAUAACACCAUAAAUCCAGAAGCUUCUGCCUCUCCGUGCUGCGUGUCCCAGGAUUUAGAACCCCUCACCAUCCUCUACUACAUUGGCAAAACACCCAAAAUUGAACAGCUGUCCAACAUGAUUGUAAAGUCUUGCAAAUGCAGCUAAAGGAUAUCCCAGAAACAACGUGACGUGUGUGUAUCAAAAAAUAAAAAUAAAAAUAAUAACCAAGGAAAAAAGAAAGAGAGAGCGAGGAGGAAAGAAAGAAAAACAAAAACCCAGGAUCA